AUGAACGUGACCGGAAAUCCGAACAUUUACAAGGACGGGCGAUAUAUAUGGAACAAGAUGCGGCGUUUGACGUUCCCAGGUCUUGUCUCGGCCGCCGGUGUGAGCUCUGGAACUGUAAUGAUGGACGACAUUGCUGAACGUGCACCACAUUCCACGUGGCGGCUAACAGCGACACAGUAUAAGAAGUUAUACGAGAAUGAGAUCGAGCCAAAGCUGAUUGACAAUUGUGAUGGUGUGAAAACAAAUACUGGCUGCUUUGACUUGAAAAUCACUGAUGUAAUGACGGGAUUCUGGCCAUCGCCAGACGGUGCCCUACCUAAAGAAGAACCCGCAUGCGGAUUCCGUAACGAGCGUUGUGACUACACGUUGAUCAUUUGUGCCGGUGUCUUCUUGGUAGUGGUGCUUUCUUGUGUCGUCACUGCUCUCAUCAUGAUACGAGUAUGGUACGUAUUUGCAGCACCUCAGAUGCUCCUCUUUCUGGCUCGUGCUCACCUCCACUCUCCGUAA